CCACUCUAAACAACAAAUAUGAAAGAUGCUUGUGUAAAUACGGUGCAGGUAAAAUUUCAUCUUUUUGACUCUGUCAUGUAUAAUACUGGUGAGCAAAUAAUUUUUUAAACAAAAAUCUUUACUCUGGCCACUCGGCAAAGUGUAAACUGCACAUGCUGCUUCUCCAAUAUGGCGGAAGAGUUUAUGAAAGAAUCAUCGGUGAUUCUUUCGGAAUUGCUGGAUGAAGAGAUACGAAAAAGGCUGAAAGACGAAAGUCAACUUAAGUUAAGCCCGCAUAAUUUUCUCAAACGUGUAAUUGAUGUUGUGUGUGAUGGUUUGCCUUUGGAUAUUUACCAAAAUCAUGACAAGUUUCACACGUGUUGCACGAAAAGUUUCGCGAUAUCCAAGCUUGCUUCACAGAUACCAGCUCUAUUAGAACUUCAGGCUCUUUUAGACACAUCUUUGUGCUGUUUAAAGGAGCUUAAGAAGGCUAGGAAAUUUUCUAAAGCCUCACGAGUGUGUGUGAUUGUAGCAGAAAUUAUAAAGUGUUGCCCUUUCGAGUGGCUCAUUGGUGCAAAUAUUCAAGACCUACAAAAUUACCAAACGGAAGAACGAAAAACAAUAAUGAAAGAGUAUCUGGAGUCACUCUUGAAGCUUGUAGAUUUAAUGCCAGUUAGUUUUGAUGAAAUAAAAAAUGAUGAAAAUCAGAUGCUAUUCCUAUAUCCAAGUGUAAUACAAUUAUGCCAUAAGAUCUUAAGAAGAACAUCCAAAAUUUCUGAUGAUGUUUCAAUAAAGAACUUUGGAACAAGUCUGCUUAAAUCUAUUGCAUGCAACAUUGCAAUGACAUGUAUUCAACAAACUGGACAAUGUUUCUGGAUUAAGGAUGAUUGCGCUAAAGUUGCACGCAAAGUAUUAAAAUCGUUGAUGUUGGAUUGCUCUUGCUCAAACAUUUCAAGCUUCCUUUGUGGAAGUGAAGAUCUUGAUGAUAAUUGCGCAUUCCCUAAAGGAAUCUUUGGUAGCAUUCUACAAUCUUUGAAAGAUUUCAUGGCUAAUGCCAAAUUACCUGAUUAUCCUGUGGCAAUACAUGUUCUUGUGUGGACUGUUAAAAAUGUCAAACAUCCCUUUUUUAGUGAGCACAUUUCAAUGGUUCUUCCACCUUUGAUGAUGUUGGUUCAUGAUUACCGUGUGCCUAAUUCCAUCAUUGGAAUUCAAACUCUGUCUCAUUUAAUAUCAAACAUGAAUGCAAGGGAACUCUGUUGGUAUGGGCGAGCUGGUAUCAUAUAUGAUGCAUUACAUCAUAGAUUAUAUACUAAUGAAGCACAAGUGAUGACUGUGUUACAGCCAUGUUUACUUCAUAUUAUAAAAGUUAUUGAGCAACAACCCAAAACGAGUGUUACCCAUUUUCAAAUGACCCGAUGUGAUGAAAACUUUCAAAUUAUUCUUUCAGCCAUGGAAUUUGAAAAUAAGAUCCUCAUGAGAAGAGCGUACUGCAGUAAUUUAGCAAUGUUUGUCAACUAUCUAGGUGUGAAUGUUGCAAAGCAUCUGAAGCGUUUGAUGCGAGUUGUUUAUAGUUAUUUGGAUAUCGGAGAUGGUGACACUGAAGAAUGGAGAAUCUGCAUUCUUGGUGUUUUGAAAUCUGUGAUAGUUUGCGCUUGGGCACGAAUUCCGUUUCAUGCUGGUGAUAUAUUAAGGGCUUUAAUGAGACUUCUCAUCGAUAUCUCACUGUCCAGUCAAGCUAAUGCUGAUGUGAAAGAUAUAAUGUAUGAACAAAUUCAAGAAUGCUUGUCAUUGUUACUUAGAAUUUGUGGGGAACCUCUCCGCCGAGAACUUGAAUGUAUGACAUCUGAUACUGGCAUGAAAAAGGUGGAGACUUUAAUAAGUUCGGUGCUGUGUUUGCAUAAGUCACGAAAUUUUAAAAUUUAGUAUUACUCGGUAUUAAUAAUAAAUGAAACUCAAUGAUCA